AUGACAAAAAAUAACACUGAUUAAAACCAUUUUUUUAUAUGUAUAAACAUGAAUAAUUAUUAAUAGACAAACAGAAAAUUUAAAUAAUGUCAUUUCAGUGUGUAUAUUUUUCUGUAUGUUUAUUUUUAAUGAGUGCUUGAUUGUCAUUUGCUGCCCUGUGAUGAUGUGGGAGGGUCAGAGAAGAGCGUGAAAAAUAUUUUAAGGCCUAACCCGUCCAGCUAAAGCAGAAUAAAGAGUCAUGUUUUCAUAGACAAAGAAGAAAACAUGACAGGCAGGAUGGAUUUAUCAUCACAAGAAUAUGAUCCCACUGAGUUUUGUUUUCCUGCAGUGAACAACUCUUGUCUUAAAGGCAUACAUCUUGUUUCCACUCAGACUGUGUUGUAUCUCAUAUUUGUGUCGGCGAUGACUGUGACUAUUCUAGGAAAUUCUGUGGUCAUCAUCUCCAUAGCGCACUUCAAACAGCUCCAGACUCCCACUAACAUCCUGGUGAUGUCUCUGGCUCUCGUGGAUCUUCUGCUUGGACUGGUGGUCAUGCCUUUCAGUAUGAUCCGUUCUGUCGAUGGCUGCUGGUACUAUGGAGAUGCCUUCUGUUUGCUCCACUCCACUUUUGACUUAUUUCUCACAUGUGUGUCUAUUUUGCAUCUUGUUUGUAUUGCUAUUGACCGACAUCAGGCUGUGUGUUAUCCGCUUCAGUACCCUACAAGAAUAACCAUGCCUGUUGCAUGGGUCAUGGUGCUGAUAAGUUGGAGCAUGGUUGCAGUCUAUUCAUAUGGUCUACUGUAUUCAAAGGCUAAUGUGGAAGGACUGGAGGAAUAUAUCAAAUCAAGAUACUGUAUAGGAAGUUGCAGUCUGCUUUUCAGUAAAUUGUGGUCUGUUUUAGACACAUUAUUAACGUUUUUCUUGCCUUGUUCUGUCAUGGUUGGACUAUAUGUGAGGAUUUUUGUAGUUGCAAAAAAACAUAUAAGAACAAUCAGUGAGGCAAACCAGAAUGAAAAUGUGAAUGUGUUUAAAAGCUCUCGACGAUCUGAGCGCAAAGCAGCAAAAACUCUUGGUGUGGUCGUGGGUGUCUUUAUUUUUUGCUGGCUGCCUUUUUUUAUUAACUCUCCCUACUCUGGGAUUGAUCCCUACAUCAACUUUUCCAUCCCAGUUGCUCUUUCUGAAGUGUUUGUCUGGUUAGGUUACAUUAACUCAACCAUAAACCCCAUCAUAUAUGGCUUUUUCUACCCAUGGUUUCGAAAAACCCUUUCUCUCAUUAUAACAAUGAGAAUAUUUGAACCAAACUCAUCUGACAUCAAUGUUUUCACUGUUUGAUUCCAUUUCUGAAUUCACCGUGCAGCACACUGAUGCUUCCUAUUGCAAAUCAUAUAAAGAACAUUGUAAAACCAGAUCUCUGGCACACUUACAGUGCAUUACUGUGCAUUAUGAAUGACAUUAAUUACACACUGCAUCCCGAAUUAUGAAAAACCAAAUUGAAUUCAGAUUUGAUGUUUCGAACAUUUUUAAAAAUUAACCAGUUUUCAGUUCACAUUCAAAAGUGGCAUGCUUUAGGGCAUAUUUCUUCAGUAAGUUUCAGUAUUUUUUAACCCAAGGAGAUCUAUAAAAGCCUUCAAAGAGAAAGAUAUCAAUAGAGCUUUUAUUCAUGUCAGUGGCAUUUGCUCUGCUGGCC